GUGUUACCCUCUCUCGUCGUCGCCUUUGACACCGUUGCAAUUUCAAAAAGCAAAUCAGUAGCCAAACACCAUCCUAGUUCCUAUCUGGCUUCUUCUUCAUUGUUAUUAUUAGGGUUCUUCUCUUUCUCUCUCUAACUUCAAAUCAGAAUUUCUGCGCUGUCUAUACAUAUAUAUAUAUAUAUAUAUAUAUAUAUAUAUUUAUAACUUCUAUUUAUUUUUUGAAUUGCAAACCCUAGAGCUAUUUGGUUUAGGACACUUGCUUGAUUCUCUCUAAGCGAUCUGAGUGGUGUGUAUGGCAUAUGAGAGACAUAAUCAAACAAGUGUCAUCGUUGUUCCUAAUCACCAGUUCACCAAUUUUCGAGCUGCGAACCCUCCGGUGACCUUCGUUCCUAGACAGCCUUUUGGUGUGAUAAACCCUUGCUUUGGUUCAGUUGUGCCUCAGUUGGUUCCGGUCAAUCCUUCUGUGGUUGUUCCCGUUCGUUUCGCUUUGAAUCCAGCUGUUUUGGAUCGAAUGGAGGAGGCGAGGUCAAUGUCUCUGCUUCAGUUUAUGGCAAAUGAAGGACUUACGCCUUCGUCAGAAGAGGAAAUCAAGAGGAAAAAUGCCAUUGACACACUCAAACAGAUAGUCACAAAUUGGGUUAAGAGGGUGGCUUACCAGCGUCGGCUUCCAAAACACCAUAUAACCUCUGCUUCUGCCACAAUAUUAACAUAUGGAUCAUAUGGACUUGGAGUUCAUAAUUCAGGGUCUGAUAUUGAUGCUUUAUGUGUUGGCCCUUGCUUUGCCACUAUGACUGACGAUUUUUUUAUUGUUCUGCGCAACAUACUUAAAAGCAGACCAGAAGUAACAGAAAUUCAUUGUGUGAAAGAUGCAAAAGUUCCUUUAAUGCGGUUCAAAUUCAAUGGGAUCUCAAUUGACCUUCCAUACGCUCAACUUAAAGUAAAAUCUGUUCCCGAGAAUGUAGACAUACUCAAUCCAUUCUUUCUGAAGAAUAUUGACGAAACCAGUUGGAAAAGUUUGUCUGGAGUACGUGCUAAUAAGAGUAUUCUUCAGCUUGUGCCAAACUUGGAGGUAUUUCAAUCAUUGCUCCGAUGUGUUAAAUUUUGGGCAAAAAGGCGGGGGGUGUAUGGUAAUUUACUUGGGUUUUUUGGAGGAGUCCAUUUAGCUGUUCUUGCAGCUUUUAUUUGUCAAAGGCAUCCAAAUUCCAGCCUGAAUGCUCUGAUUUCAAGCUUUUUUGGUACUUUUGCCUUUUGGCCUUGGCCAACUCCGGUAAAUCUGCAAGAUGGAGUAUUGCCGGUGACUAAAAAUGCCACAGAAACACGGUCUUUGAUGCCUAUACGGUUGCCAUGUAGUCCACAUGAAUAUUGCCAUUCCAAUAUUACCAGAAGCACGUAUCAGAGAAUCAGAACAGAGGUCCUACGAGGUCAUACUAUGACUAAGGAUAUCUUGAGGCCAGAUUUUGAUUGGGCUAACCUAUUUGAACCCUUUCCAUAUUCCAAGAAAUACACAAGAUUUGUCAAGAUAUGUCUUUUGGCUUCUGAUCGAGAUGAGUUAGGAGAUUGGGUAGGUUGGGCCAAGUCACGUUUUCGCUGUCUUCUCGUAAAGUUGGAGGAGUUGCAGGGUUUUUGUGACCCAAAUCCUACAGAAUAUACUGAUGUGGAUGUAGGAGAGCCGAACGCUGUGUUCUACUGGGGCUUACAGCCUGGCGGGAACAACUUCCUUGAUGUGGAUUAUGUUGAGGAAGAUUUCUUGAACAAUAUCAGUAAUGGCUACCAAGGCCCUCCUGGAAGGAUAGGGUUAUCUGUCGUGCCAGCGGCUCAGCUACCUAAGGACGCUCGGUAUGACACUGGAAGCAGCAAAGGGACAAAAGCACGCUGGCGAAUUUUAGAUAGCAAUCAUCAAGGGGUCCCAUUGUACUCGAAACAUUUACCUCACUACUUCAUUGGGUAUGCGGCUAUGGAUGAUAAUUCCGAUUACCCAAGUUAUGGGGGGUAGACCCUUUAUAAUCGCAAUUCUUUUGGUGUCGAUUCUUAUUUUGUUAUGCCCUCCCUGGCUCACAAUUUUGGCUUUCUUGUUUGCACAGUUUUUAGCAAUACAGGUGCAACAUAGAAUAUAAUUUUAUUUUUUUAUUGAAUGGGGAGGUUGUAAAAGCUAAAGGUUGGUGGUGGGAGAAAAUCAAAUAGGUCAUGUAGUUUUCAUAUAUAAACUGUAAAAAAUUCUUUGUUUUCUAUAUUUUCAUAUAUUUCACAGUAAAAGCUUUUGUUUGGACUA